GUCAGGCGCGGGGCGGGGGCUCAGAGACCGCCGCCCGAGCGCUCCUCUUUCCUUAGUAUCCCGGCUCAAACGGCGCGCGCGCACGGGACACUGGCGCAGCGCGCUUUGGGCCAUGGCGGUCCACGUACUUUGGUUGCUGGUUUUGGUGACAUUUGGUGGAGUUAAUACGCAACGAAACGAAUAUGAAAGAGGAGACGUCGAAGAAAAUAAUAUUUAUGAUAAUCAAGACUGGAUGUAUCAGAAUAGUUACAAUCCGCAACCAACAAUAAAUUCAUACUAUGGUUUAUCUAGAAGGCAGGACUUACCGACACCCUCUGCCCCCCCUUCUCCUCCACCGGAAAGAGUACAGCCCUCAAGAAGUUUUGGACAAAACUUUGCUGUGUAUGACCCAGUAACUCGUCAGCGGACAAAUGCAUUUGAUCGUAAUUGUACGGCCCCUGGCUGCUGUGUACCAAAAUGUUUUGCAGAAAAGGGUAGUAGGGGUUUCCCAGGAAUGCGGGGACCACCUGGAAUCACAGGUCUACCAGGACACGUUGGCGCUGAAGGUCCACAGGGACUUAAGGGUCAAAAAGGUCAAGAUGGACCACAAGGUCCACGGGGUCCGCGAGGAGAAAAGGGUAAACCUGGAGCUCAAGGAUUUAUAGGCUUAGCAGGACCACCAGGUCCUCAAGGAGAACCUGGUAUGCCAGGGAUUCCUGGACGUGAUGGUUGUAACGGAACUGAUGGAGAACCUGGAAUGGUGGGGAUCAAAGGUUCACAGGGUCCACGUGGAUUUGCUGGGCCUAAAGGUAACAAGGGUGAUAAAGGAGAGCCGGCUUAUAUGGGUCGAUACCCAAAAGGUGAAAAAGGAGAACCUGGAGCUGAUGGUUUACAAGGCCAAUCUGGCCCAGCUGGACCAACAGGUCCUCCAGGUUUGGCUGGUCCCAAAGGAAUGACUGGACCUAUGGGACCACCUGGAUAUAAAGGUGAUAAAGGUCCUAAAGGAUCUAAAGGACAAUCUAUUCAAGGUGAUAAAGGAGACCGAGGUGACAAAGGUGACAGAGGACCCGGUUGUCCAUCAACAACGUUACCUUCAUUGGAUAAUAAAGGAGCAAUAAAAGGUGUCAAAGGUGAUAUGGGAUCAAAAGGUGAAAAGGGAGAACCUGGGAGAAUGGGUGAAAAGGGAGAAACAGGUCCAAUGGGGGAACCUGGCUUGCCUGGAUUAAUGGGCAUUAAAGGAGAAAAGGGCUUAAGAGGAAAUCCUGGGGAACGGGGUCGUGAAGGAAUGUAUGGUGAACCCGGACCUAUGGGAAGAAAAGGUGAUAGAGGCAUUGAUGGACUGAAUGGUCUUCCCGGCCGACCGGGUUUGAAAGGAGAACCCGGCAGGGAUGGAGCAACAGGUCUAAUGGGCUUAAAAGGAGUGCCAGGUCCACCUGGUGGUCGAGCUGGAGCACGAGGUCCACCUGGGCCACCAGGUCCUCGGGGCUAUAUCGGCGUUGCUGGUGCACCAGGGUCUAGUGGUAGGCCCGGAGAAAAUGGAUUACCAGGACCUAUGGGUCCAAGAGGUGGACAGGGAGAACCAGGUGACACAGGCAUUGAAGGUCCAGCAGGUCAAAAAGGAGAAAAAGGAGAACCUGGUCUUGAUGGCUUGCCUGGAGAAAUAGGUCAACGAGGAUAUGAUGGACCCAUUGGUCCUCAAGGACCUAGGGGACUAAAAGGAGAAGAAGGUCAAUCAAUUCCUGGUGACAAGGGAAACAGUGGCCAACCAGGAAUUCCAGGAGAUAAGGGAGCCAAGGGCGAAAGAGGUUAUCCAGGAUUACGAGGUACACCUGGAAACUCUACAUUAGGUACACCAGGAAGUCCCGGAGAAAUGGGUCCACCUGGUGAAAAAGGUGAAAAAGGAACUCCUGGGUACGAUGGAAUACCUGGUAAUCCUGGACAAAAAGGUGACAUUGGAGGACGGUGUAACGAAUGUCGACCUGGAAGUAUGGGCGAAAAGGGAGACCGCGGUGCUGAUGGUCUACCUGGUGAACGGGGUGAACGAGGUCACAUCGGACCCAUCGGGAUGACCGGGGAGCGUGGUGCUGACGGUAUGAAUGGAAUGCCUGGAGCUGCUGGAGCACCGGGUGAACGUGGAUUGGACGGACCAAUAGGACCACCAGGAAUGAGGGGAGCAGAUGCAAUGAUACCGUCCAAUUUAGUAAAAGGACCUCCCGGAGAAAGAGGUGAACCAGGAGAAAAAGGAAACAUGGGACCCAAGGGUGAAAGAGGACCUGAUGGAAUAAUGGGUGAUCGUGGAUUAAAUGGCAUGCCCGGACAGAAGGGUGACAUGGGUAGAAUGGGACCUUCUGGUAUAGAUGGCACACCUGGUAGUGAUGGAAUACCGGGACGGCCAGGAAUGAAAGGCAUGUCCAUCAAAGGUGAAAAAGGAAUAUCUGGUGAUCAGGGUGAAAAAGGUGACAAAGGAUUUUCUGGAAGACCAGGACUUAAAGGUGAACCUGGUCAAUGUCCCAAUGAGUUAAAAAUUCGCACAAAGGGAGAAAAAGGCAACCCUGGCGUUCCAGGACCACAAGGACCAUUAGGUAUGAAGGGUGAAAAAGGUAAUCAAGGGCCAUUCGGUUUUACUGGUCCAAAGGGAGAGAUGGGUUUACCAGGACGAGCUGGACCGGUAGGUCCACGUGGUCUUCCGGGUUUCAAAGGCGAUAAAGGUGAAAUGGGUUCAAUGGGAUUUCCGGGAACACCAGGGGAUUUAGGCCCUAGAGGUUUUCCAGGGUUACCAGGAUUAAAAGGAGACAAAGGUGAGAUUGGUCCUUCUAUGCCUGGACCACCUGGACCUGCUGGAUUAAAGGGAGAUAAAGGAGAACAAGGUCCAAGAGGUCAACCUGGAAUAGAAGGAAAGGAUGGUCCUCCAGGAUUAGCUGGCUUACAAGGUGAAAAAGGUGAUAUGGGAUUAAUAGGAAGGCAAGGUUAUCCAGGACCUAUUGGAUUAAAGGGCGAACCGGGUCCUAUAGGACCAUCCGGAGUUCCGGGCAUUCCUGGUACGCCAGGAAGAGAUGGACCUAAAGGUCAACAAGGAUUUCCCGGUCCACCUGGUAAACCUGGUGUAAUUGGCUUACCUGGACAAAAAGGUGAACCAGGUAUUCAAGGUCCAGAUGGCCCGAAAGGUUUCCCAGGACCUCGUGGUCAUGUUGGUAUGCAAGGGCAAACUGGUCUUGAUGGAAGUCCCGGUGAAAAAGGAGAUAAGGGUGAUAUAGGAUUCCCGGGUGAGCCUGGUAGACCUGGUCUUGAUGGACCUAGAGGAUUAGCUGGUGCACCUGGUGAGAAAGGUGAUAUAGGUUUCCCAGGAAACCCUGGGUUGAAUGGAUUUAUUGGACCAGCUGGCCCAAGAGGUGAUAUAGGCUUCAAGGGUUCCAGGGGACCAAAAGGAGAACCUGGUUUAGCUUCAGAAAAGGGAGAAAAAGGAGAUCAAGGUUUUCCAGGAUUACCUGGUGUUGAUGGAAGACCUGGGCAAGAUGGAGAAAAAGGUGACAAAGGUUUCCCUGGCUAUCCAGGUCAAGGCAUUCCAGGAAGUCAAGGUGAAAAGGGAGAUGCAGGUUUGCCUGGAAAAAUGGGUUUUCCUGGUAUUCCUGGCGAUAAAGGCGACCGAGGCUUUCCAGGACUGGCAGGUUUAAAGGGAGAAAGAGGCCCUGCAGGCAAAGACGGUUUGCCAGGAAUGCCGGGAAGAGAUGGCAGUCCUGGUGCUCCAGGCCAAGAUGGUUUACCAGGAAUGGAUGGCGAAAAGGGUGAAAGAGGUGAUCGAGGAUUACCAGGUCGUGAUGGUCUUGAUGGAUUGAAAGGUGACCAGGGUAUUGCUGGACCACCAGGGCCAAUAGGACCAAUGGGUUUUCCGGGUCCUAAAGGAGACAUUGGUUUACCUGGGCCAUCUAUAAAUAUCAAAGGUGAAAAGGGAGAUAUAGGUUUUCCCGGUAUUACUGGACUUCAAGGAGAUAAGGGUGAUCGAGGUAGAGAUGGCUUCCAAGGUCUACAAGGGGAAAAGGGUGAUCAAGGAUUCACUGGACAAAAGGGUGAAAUGGGUAGAAUGGGCGCCAUGGGCGAAAGAGGUGAAAGAGGUCCAAUUGGACCGACUGGUAUUCCUGGACUCACAGUAAAAGGUGAAAAAGGUUUACCUGGAAAUAACGGAAAACACGGCAGACCUGGCAUGCGCGGUGCUACUGGAGAAAAAGGAGAACAAGGAUUACCUGGACUUCCAGGUCCAAUUGGGCGCUCUGGCAUGCCAGGAACACCGGGACCUAGAGGUGAACCCGGUGAACCAGGAAGUGAAGGAGUCGCAGGACCCCCUGGGUUUGACGGUCCUCCGGGGCUACAAGGUCGUCCUGGCGAAUAUGGUGAAAAAGGUAACAAGGGUGAUAAGGGUGCUGUUGGUUUUGGUUUACCUGGCCCGAAAGGAGACACUGGCUUGCCAGGAUUACCGGGUUUAAAUGGUGAAAAAGGUGAUAAAGGAGAUCAGGGUUUCGAUGGAUUAGUUGGAGAGAUGGGUGAGAAAGGUAACCAAGGAGAAAAAGGUGACAGAGGCUAUCCUGGUCGGCCUGGAAUUCCUGGCCUUGAUGGUGUAAAAGGAGAUAAGGGAGAAGCGGCUGCUAUAGUUUAUGGAAGUAAGGGAGAACCAGGACCAAGAGGUCCUCCUGGAUUGAAUGGUCCACCUGGACUUGACGGAUUACCUGGUCCUAAAGGCUGGGAUGGUGCUCCAGGCAUGAAAGGAGAUAAAGGUUUCCAAGGACCUAUGGGCCCACCAGGCUUACCAGGACCUCAAGGAAUAAUGGGUAUUCAAGGUGAACGUGGUGAAACAGGUCGUAUGGGAUUACAAGGUGUACCUGGAAUACCUGGUGCUCCUUGUGCUACUACAGACUAUCUUACUGGCAUCCUUUUAGUGCGUCAUAGUCAAACAAACAUAGUACCCCAAUGUGAACCCGGACAUAUUAAAUUGUGGGAUGGCUAUUCCUUACUUUACAUUGAUGGAAAUGAAAAGGCUCAUAAUCAAGAUCUGGGAUAUGCUGGAUCUUGUGUAAGAAAGUUCAGUACCAUGCCAUUCCUUUUCUGUGAUCUUAAUGAUGUAUGCAAUUACGCAAGUCGAAAUGAUCGCAGUUAUUGGCUUUCUACAAAUUUGCCGAUACCCAUGAUGCCAGUAAACAAUAAUGAAAUUUCACGAUAUAUUUCAAGAUGUGUUGUUUGUGAGGUUCCAGCCAAUGUCAUAGCUGUUCACAGUCAAACUCUUGAUAUACCUAGUUGUCCAGUGGGUUGGAACUCAUUAUGGAUUGGAUACAGUUUUGUUAUGCACACUGGAGCUGGUGGACAAGGCGGUGGUCAAGCCCUUGCUAGUCCGGGAUCUUGUCUUGAAGACUUCCGAGCGACACCAUUUAUUGAAUGUAACGGUGAAGGUGGUACUUGCCAUCAUUUCGCCAAUAAACUUAGUUUUUGGCUAACAACUAUAGAUGAUAAGAAGCAAUUCGCAAAACCAGAGCGUGAAACUCUUAAAUCUGGACGACUUUUGCAGCGAGUGUCUAGAUGCGCUGUUUGCAUUAAGAAUACCACAUAGUCUAUAGAAAAUAUUAUAGUAUCUAAGUAACUUAAUAAUGUGCGCUGUAACCUUCCGUAGGAUCUAUUUUUUCAGUAACACUUAGUUUUUGUUGACAAUUUUCCAAAUUAAAAUUCGGUACUACAUUAUAAACACAAUUUGGUGAUAAAUAAUUGCGAUGCAUAAUUGUUAAAUAAGUCUUUAAAAAGAUAUAACGUACAUUAUAAUAAUAAAAGCACACCAAAGCAAUAUACCUAUAAUUUAGGUUAAUAUUUUUUAUAAGUAUAUUUUAUUUAAAUAUUCUUUUACAUUUCAAUAUAUUAUAAAAUUUAUAUAUAUUAAUGUACUCCGUAUAGUGAUUACUUGACAUCGUAUGUUCGAAGAAAGUUGUAUAUUGUCACUAGUCACGUCGAAUAUUGUACCUACACUGAACGAUAAAUAUCAAAAUUACAAAUUAAAAAAAAAUUAAAUACUAACAUACAAUAAGAGUACUUAUUUACUUGCUUUUUAAAUCAUUAAGAAAUAUUAUAUGUGCUAUAAUAAUGUUCUAUUUGUAUACUUUCUAAACAGAAACUCACACGUGUUCAGUAUAUUAUUAGCAAGGAAAAUAUGCGAGUAGAUACUCCAGAUUUUACAAAGACCAUAUAAUCAGCACUUAUCACUUUAUAAUAUAAUCAUUUUAUUUGCUUACAUGCCUUAUAGAAAAAGAAAUAUAUUUGUAAAAUUGGUACGAACACUGCCAUUGUAGAUAAUUUAAUGUUACAUAGAUAUUACAAAUACGUCUUAAGUAAGUUACAUUUUUAAUAAAUUUUUAAGAUGAUUAAAAUA